CCAAUGCCACGUCUUGGGCAUAAAAAGUCUCGCAACGGCUGUAAACAGUGCAAAGCCCGUCAUGUAAAGUGCGAUGAGAAUAGGCCCUGCUCCAAUUGCGCGAGACAUGGUGUUUCGUGUAGUCUGGUAGACCCAAAUGCACCUCCUAUACCGACCCAAAGUGGCGAUGGCAAUGUCAUACGGAAGUCAUCGUCGAAAGCCCAACUGACACAACCGAAAAAGGAACCCUCCGAAGAAAACUCUCCACAAGCAAACUCUCUCGGCUAUGUGUUGAAUGCUACAGAUGAAAGUUCCUCGCCAUCAACUAGCUCCGACUCCUUCCCGUUUAUCACAAAAUUCGUUUACCGGCGAGAUAACCAGCCAUCUAAUCUGUGGAUUCAGGACUUGCAUUUGAUGCAGCAUUGGAUCACUGUCGUCGCAGACAAGAUGUCUCAAAGGGAAGAGAGCAAGAGCUUGUGGAAAACCGAAUGGACAAAGGCUGCAAUGACGCAUAAUUUUCUGAUGCACGAAAUUUUGGCCUUGUCCGCUCUACACCUAGCAGCCACAAACCCUGCGGAACAACGCAUGUAUCAUGGACUCGGGAUCCACCAUCAAGACCAUGCGCUAAGGGGGAUGCGAAAAGUCCUGGGGACAAUCACCGAGGCCAAUGCUUCACAACUCUUUGCAACUUCCAUCCUGGUGAGCAUCACCGUCUUUGCGUCUCGCGGUCAGGAUGCCAUGUAUCCGGAGACAGACAGUGAAGGCUUGCCAAUAUCAAGCACAGUAUCAGUCUUUGACGAUCUGGCUGAUAUCUUCUCAUUGAUUCAAGGUAUUGGAUUUGUCAUAUCUGCAGGUCAGAUAUAUGUUAUUCGAGGGCCUUUUGCUCCCAUGCUGGCCGAGAACACCCGCGAGACACCACCUCAGCCUCUAUUCCCGCACCUUCUCGAGCGAAUCCCCGACCUCCUUCAUUUUCUAGAGAAUGAGUGCGACCUAGAAGAAGGAUAUCGACGCGAGCUUGUCGCCUUCGUGGCUCUAAUGCGUGAGACUCUGUUGCAUGCUAUGCGACCUUGUCAGGACAACCGUGAAGCGCAUUUCCUCUUCUACUGGCCUCUGCAUCUGUCACCCAGAUUUCUCAACAACAUUAGAGAUAGAGAGCAGCCUGCUCUUGUGGUUCUAAUGCAUUGGGCUGUCGGGCUGUACGCAGCACAGACUCGCCACUGGUACCUUAUCGGUUGGGCAGAUCGGGUCGUAAAAGCCAUCUCUGAUGCAGUGACGGAUCCACUAUGGAGGAGCGCCAUCAAAUGGCCACUCAAGAUCGUCGAAAGGCACCGGUCGACGCCGCCCCAGGACGAUCGAGCUACUUCUGAACAUGUAUCGUUGCAAGGAUUGGAGGGAGCAGGUAUACCAAAUCACGGGUCUGGUCGCCAACUUACUACCUGGCUCGAAAAGCUGCACACCGAAAAGCCCGUGUGAUUAAAGGUCACGUCUCCCGAGUGAGCUUGUGUGGUCGAAGUGCCCUCUAGUACCCGCUACGGGAACAUGCAUAUAUGCAUGAGCGUAGCACACAUUGACGAUGGACAUUCUGUUUAUAGUGGGUUGUUUGGACUAGGCACCGUAGGAAACAGCACCCAUGAGAUGCAUUCACUGUAUGAGAGCGGCACAGUAACAAAACGGCGCCACCCGGCGCUCUUCCCCACCCAUCGACACAUAUGCGCCCAGAUCAAUCCAAUCCAUCAAACACAAAUGAGUGAAUUGCUCUCAUGAUGCAACCUGCGCCAAUGGCCAUAUCAUCAUGCUCGAAUGAUCAGUCGUUAGAUUCGGCGGCUCCCCCAUCGCCACCCGUUUAUACUCAAUUCGUACCUGCGCUGUCAAUACUUCUUCUAAAUUCCCAUGUCAGCACCAAUGUGCAGCAGGCGAGCGGGGACGUUCAUGCCAUGUAAUGCGGCACAUCAUAUUACCACAAGCUUCUCGCGCUCUUCUCCAUUACCAUAAAUUCUAUACGAAGAAGGCAACAAGUCUCGAUCUUCAGCACGGCCAUAGGGCCCCCUCCACCAACGUCACCACCACCAACCACCCACAGCACCUACGAAUCUCGACCGCUUAUUCACCCCCUACUUUAUCCAUUCACCCACUCGGUAGCGAAUCUAAUUCAUUCUACACUCUUCCUCUCGGACCC